UUAGAACGGAGAAAACGAUGGUCUGACAGCUACAAGGGUGUUCCGGAUUCAGAUGAAGAAGACGAAGUUGACCAUUCCAAUCAUGUUCAAUUAAAAGACGAGCAGCUUAAAAAAGAAGAGCACGAGUUGAGUAAGAUAGCUACGGGUAUUGGUAAAGUGUUUCUGAAAAAUGUGCACGAAAGAGAGAAGCUUAAGCAGUGGAAGGCUGCACAUUUAGAUCCUAGAAAUGCGUCCAGAACUCCAUCGGCUAGUAAGGAACCGCAAUACAAGCUGAGAUAUGAUUCGCCCGUCGGUGCUAGCCCGUCACGAAACACAGAUCAUCCGAAACCGUUUGACGAAGAAGACUUCGAUAGGUCACUAAGUUGUAGAUCAUCGGUCGGCCGCUCUGUAGGACAAAUUCCGAAUUAUAACGUUGUAAGUGCGCUACGUCACGUUCCUAAACCGGGCUAUGGUUUGGCCCCUCGAUCUCAUACCUUCAGUUCUUCCGCCGGUAGCUAUCCUCAAAUUCCUGGUGAUUACUCGUUUAGCGGAAUUGGAAUUAAAACUCACAGUACAGAUUUUAGCAGUGGAAAAUCUGACAUUUCCACCGGAUCGAUCACGGAUGUCGAAAGGCGUGCAUUGAACACCGAAAUGCCAGUGUCAUCGACGUACACAGGGGGACUAGGAGCGUUCCGGGGAGGGUACGCAUCACAAGUGCGACGAUCUCUACCAAACAUGGCCCAUACCAUGUUGAUCAACGAGCCGGCCAAAAUUUAUCCCUAUCAUCUACUCAUGAUAACUAACUAUCGCUUGCCAGCCGAUGUUGAUAGAUGCAAUUUAGAGAGGCAUCUAUCCGACAAAGAAUUUGAAGACAUAUUCCAAUGCACAAGAAACGAUUUCUAUAGGAUACCGCAGUGGCGUAGGAAUGAAAUAAAGCGCAGAGCUCGCCUAUUUUAAAUAUGCCUAUUAUUGCAAAUAUUAGAUACGCUUUAGUUUUAUUUUGAUAAUAAGACAGCUAUUUUAAUAGAAAAUGCUUACACAUUUUCAAAAGAUUCGAAAUUUUACUGUGAGUUCGUUAAUAGUUCCUGUUGUAAAUAAUGAUUUUAAUUAAAUUUUGUAACCAUUUACUUUCAUUGUUGUUUCUACUAUAGGAUAGAUUUUUUGCCAUAACUGUUUAUUUCUAUGUGUGACCUAAAGACUUACAGUAUAAUUUUGCAUUUCUUAACUAAUGCAUUACAUAGAAUAUGUAAUUUAGCUUAUAAGCACCAUGUGAAUUUUAAUGUAGAGGCACAUCUCGAGGGGGUGCUUCUGUGGUAAAGUGAUAUUGUUACAUUUAAAAUGAGAGGAUUUGCCUUCUUUUGCAGAUUUCUCAGUGACAGAAAUUUUUUAUUAAAUGAAAUGACCAAUCACUAUUUGUGUUGUACUGAUAACGUUGUCUUAAGUUGUGCAGGAAUACAAAGGAAGGCGACUUUUCUCUAUACUGUAGCGUAAUAGUUGCAAGUUCUAAUCAAAAGUUUAACAAUAAUAGAAAAGCUAUAUAAAUUACAAAACUUUGCACCUAUUUAUUGCUAAAAUCUAAAUUGGGAUUAGCUUUUUAUAAAAACAAAACUUUUUUUGUGGUGUAGAUUUGCUUUGUUUGUAUUUUUGCUUAAGCUAGUCGAAGUAGUUUUCGUACCUACAACUGUUAAUGUAUUUCAAUAUUUUUUAAUUAUGUGGUUUAUAUUUUAUUAUUAGAAGUAAAAGAUUUCAUGUUAUUAGUUUCUAUAAAAGUAUAUUAAAUUUAUAAUGUCUUAGUUCUGCCGAAGAAAACUUCAAGCUACCAUGAAUAUAUAAAAGAGUAGGUCUAUAGGCAUAAUAAUACCAAAUCAAAAUACUAUUGUACAUUCGUUUAAAGAAGAAUAUUUAUUUAUUUUAAUGUUUAAGUUGAAAGCAAAUUGUGUAGCUAUAAAACUUUGUGAAACGAGCACAGCUGAAUAAAAACUACUGCUAUAUUUCUUCCA